AAAUAUUACAAGUACACCAACGAUUCCUUGCAUUUGUUGCCUGUAUUAUAGACACAAUGCAUUUACUCGGUAUCACAUUUAUUCUUUAAUCAGCUCGAUCGUGAUUUCUAAGGAGUUAUAAAUAAACAAUCCCGGGAAACAAUAUAUACGAAAGCAUUCACGGCACAGCCAAGACUAUUUCACAAGCAGAAUAAUCGUUUUGACGACUAGUGAAAAGAAUAGCUAUUCUGGAAUUUUGUGGAAUAUUUUCGUCCGGAUUGACGUCAAUCAGAUUAGCUCUCUUGGUAAUUCUUUUUCCUGAGAAUGUUACAAUUCUCAAAAAUUUUAUUUGUAUUAACCUUUUGCAAUAAACGCCGAGAAUAAUAACGCAAUGUUUUUGUUGUCAACAGGUGUCUUCAUUCCUCUUACUCCCGGCUAUGUUAUCAGCAACGACUCAUUUCCAGUUCCUCGCGGUUUAGCCGGUGAACUCUUCUGUCGUGUCCUUGGUAGUAGGCAUGCUCUGUUCACAUUGGGAAAAGUCUCCAUUUUUAAGAUCACGUGUCUAGCUCUAGAAAGAUGGUAUUGUAUUUUUCGACCCAUUACGUACAAGCGCUAUUUCACCCGAAAGAGGGUCUUUCUUUACAUCCUGGCUAUUUGGGUUUCCACUUGUCUUCUGCAGAUCAACAAAUUUUUUGGGUGGAAAUUGUCAGGAACUAAAUGUUCCAAUGUUAAAGCGCCGUUCGGAGAAAAGGGAACUCAAGCUAUGAUAGUUAUCUACAGUCUGAUUGGGUUUUAUUUUCCAUGUUUGAUUACUUGGGCUUCGUUUGCCCAUAUCACACUGCUGUUCAAGACAUCGCCAAUGGCAAGAUGCUACGGUGAACGACAGAGAGCGCAGCAGAGAGCGUUACUGCGCAUGUGCGCUGUGGCAUCAAUCACUCUGACAUUGUGUUGGCUUCCAGCUCAAACCAUUUACGUUCUUUCUCCUUUUGGCGUCACUCAGAUUGGUAGUACAUUACAACGUGCAGGRGGAAUUCUUGCUAUGUUUAAUUCGUGUGUCAAUCCUUUGAUUUACUGGAUGACAAACAGCGAGUAUAGGGUUGGUUUGUGUGAACUCUUCAUGAAUUCAAACAUGAAAUGUUUCAGGAAAAGGAGUUCUAAACAGUCUAAACGGGGGAGUGACUAUGUAUUCCAGAGUGCUUUUCCCAGAUCUAAUGAACUAAACUUUGAGGAGACUGCAUUGUAAGAUUUUAGCGUUUUCGUGUGGAUUUUCAAUUACAUUUUUCAUUCAUCUCAUCAUCUGUCCUCAUUGCGCCAUGUGACGCAUAAGGCCUUAAAUUAUGUAAGUCCCGGAAGAGAGGGGGGAUUUUGGCUCAAAGAGCGCAAAUCCGAAUUGUGGUCCUCCUUCUGGCAACCAAUGGUGGCGUUACAUAUCUUCGCUACACAGUGCUGAC